AUGAAGCUGCGAAUCAGGACGCCGAGCGGGCAGACCGUGCGCAUCGCGGUCGAGAAUGACAGCACCAUCUCCACGUUGCACGCGGCGGUGGCCUCGGAGGUGCUCGGGGGCGUAGACGUCGACCAGGUGCAGCUGUCGCUGAACAAGAAGGACGUCAUUGCGGCCGACGAGCCAGGAACGCCCCUCAGCGCGCUGGACAUCCACUCGGGGGACCUCCUGUUCGUCCUGGGGGGAGAUUCGACGGCCACCGCCAGCCAGGCCAGCCGCGCGGAGGCCGCGCCGCCGGUGCCGGCGGUCGCGGAAGUCACCGCCCCCGGCCAGGCCAUGGAAGUGGACACCUCCGACGGCGAGGCGUCCGCCCCACCGCGCGGCGUCGCGCGCUGCGACACGCCCUCACAGCGCACCCUCCCGCUGCACCACUCGUGGACGGCCGGCGUGCAGCACGGGCGCGUCGUCGACGCCCUCUGCCUCCUCCUGCACGCCGCCCUCCUGGAGUCGGGGUUCCGCCCCUCGCGGGACGCCCCCGCGGAGGCCCCCCUCAGCUGGCUGCCCACCACCUCCCAGAGCCUGGCCGGGAGCUACGCGUACCCCGUCGCGGGCCUCGAGGGCGCCGCGGAGGGCGCCGCGGACGUGCCGUGCGCCAUCCGCGGGACGUGCCUCGGCCCGCAGGCGCUGUUGGCGGUCUCGGUCGGAGCGGAGGGUGCGGCCACGGGCGGGGGCGCCUCGGGCGUGCUGCGCCUGCCGCUCGCCGCCCUGCAGGCGCCGGCGGUCGCGGGCGGGGCGGGCUGGGCGGCGCUGGCGCGCCGCCCCGAGGAGGCGAUCGCGGAGGUCCGGCGCGUGGCGCGGGAGGCCGUGUGUGUGUGCUGCCGCGUGGCGGGCGUGACGCCGCCGUUCUCCAUCACGCACCUCCCCGCGGACGUCAAGGGGCUGAUUCUUUCGUUCAUGGACUACCCGGAGCUGUGCCGGAUGUCGUGCACGUGCCGUGAGAUGGAGAUCCGCGCGUCGGACGACGCCCUGUGGCAACCCCUCUUCACGCGCCACUUUGGUGCCUCGAGCAUAUCGAUCCACCAGCGGGACGUCGCGCGCCGCUACGGCUGGAAGCGCCUGUUCCGGCAGGAGGUCGAGGAGCAGCGGCGGCGCGCGCGGGCGGCCGACACGCUCCGGAGGCGCGCUGUGGGGGGCGUCCCGCCACCUGCGCCCCUGCCGCACGGGCCGCCGUUCCCGCUCGGCCCGGUGCCGCAGCCGGGCGUCAUCGGCGGCGACUACGACCUCAUGCCGGGGGGUGGGUUCGGGGCGUUGGGGGGCGGUCCGCUGGGGGGAGGCAUGGGUGCGUUUGGUGGGCCGGGGGGACUGGGGGGGCGCCUGGGGGGCCGGAUGGGCGGGCGCCGCGGGCCGCCUGGGCUGGGAGGCGGGUUAGGGUCGGGACUGCCAUUCUGA